GUUCACGUGUUUUUGGUAAGUUUUAUCUUGUGUAAUUUUUUACCCUCAGUUUAUCUGUAUGAUCAUUUAUGAUCUCAACAGCUCUGAGAAUGGAGUAUUUUUGACGUAUACACACUCCUCCGCUGUACUGUAAUGAUUUUUAUAGAGAAAAUGAGGAUGGGGUUAAACAAAACUCAUGUUUUUCUUGUGCUGUCAGGUCAUAAAACUCUCUUAAUUGUAAUCUAAUCUAUGUAAACCCUGUUCUCUCACACUCAAUAACACUUCUAAUCAUUUUUAUGAGCUCCUCACGACCUUUUGCCAACUGUCUUGAGAGUAUAAACAAUUGCAGGAAGGUGGGGCAUCUAGGGAAAUAAAAAAACAUGGGGAUGUGCGUAUGUAUCUUCCUGUGAGUCCCCCAAUUAUACAUAACUGUACUCACCAGUCCAUCUACUAGUACAGGUUUUGGACAAGUCAUCCAGGGACAGUAUGUCAGGGGUUGAAUCGAAGACGGAGGUGUUCACCAUAUCUGGUCCGGAGAUGCCAGAGCCUGCAGCCAGGAGUGGCAAGACAAAAAACGAGAAGAGCUGCACUGUCUUUGAACGUUAUGUCCAGCCCUGCUUUGCCGAGCUGUUUGGGACCACCCUGUUCGUCUUUGUUGGGUGCUCAUCUGUUGUUGGGAAUGUGGCACUGGGGGCCAUCCAGCCUGCUGUGUCUCAUGGGCUGGCACUGGGGGUCCUCAUCACGCUGUUUGGGCAAAUCAGUGGAGGACACUUUAACCCUGCCGUGUCUCUGAGUGUCUACCUGUGUGGAGGAAUGGAGCUGCUCCUCCUGGUGCCGUAUGUUGUGGCUCAGAUGUGUGGAGGCAUGAUGGGAGCUGGUUUGGUCAAGGCUGUGUACCCUCCAGCAGUGUACGGCCUUGGAGGAGCCUUCGAUGCUGUGACUUUGUCAAAUGAUAUUGGUAAAGCCACGUUGGCAGAGGCUAUAAUGACCAUGUUUCUCACCACAGCCGUGUGCAUGGGCGCUGUCAACAGCCAAACCAGCACACAGCUCGCUCCCUUCUGCAUAGGCCUCACCGUGACAGCCAACAUAUUAGCUGGAGGGGUCCUGUCUGGAGCCUGCAUGAACCCGGCCCGAGCCUUCGGACCUGCUGUGGUUGCAAACCACUGGAUCCAUCACUGGGUCUACUGGGUUGGACCUAUCUGUGGGGCCCUGCUUACUGUCGUCACUGUCAGGUUGCUUUUUGGUGACCAGAAGACUCGACUUCUGCUGAAGUGAAUGCUUAACGUAUGAAAGGCGAAUGAGUCCCAAAGAGCCUAAGGAAAGCCUCUCUGAUUGGAUGUCCAUCAAACAAUAAGACUGUGUGUUAUUUCAGUUGGUCAGAAAAAAAUGCUCCGGCCCAUGUGUAUUCGUCCUUGGACUAGUCUAAAGUUUUGGCUCCUAAGUGACAUUUGUAUUUCAUGAUGCAAUAACUUUUUUUUUUUUUUUAAAUCAGAUAAGAAUCUGAUUUUU